CCCGCUUCACUGCAAAACCCUAACACCCCAAAAAUCACAAUCUGCCAAUGGCUCCUCCUAGUCUUCUUGGCCCUCCACAGGUCACCAAUCCCGUCCCACCGGCCCAACCCGACUCCGGCGCAAGACCCCCGAUGGGCUUGACCGAGAAUUGUUCCCCAACCUUCUUGACCUCCGGCAACCCCUGCCUUGAUCUCUUCUUCCAAGUCGUACCGGAUACUCCGGCGUCCUAUCUCAACAAACAGCUCCCUCUCGCCUGGGUCUACAAUCCCCUGACCACCUUAAAGCUCAUCUGCAACCUGAGAGGCGUACGUGGCACGGGGAAGUCCGAUAAAGAAGGGUUCUACACGGCGGCGCUUUGGCUUCACAAGAACCACCCCAAAACCCUAGAGUGCAACGCUGCGUCUUUGGCGGAAUUCGGUUACUUCAAGGACUUGCCGGAGAUUCUGUACCGCCUUCUAGAAGGCCAGGACGUGAGGGAGAAGCAAAAGAUGGAUUGGCAGUGCCGAAAACCGACUAUUCGGAGGCUGGUUGGCCGAGUUAGUAUUGGACGCCGGAGGGUCAGACGUGGCGGUUGUGCUAAAUUGAAUAAAUCAAAGCAGGUCGGAAAGCCCAAAGCCGUCAGCCGGCAGAAGUUGCCUAAGGAUGUAAGGGAAAAGAUGGCGGCGGAGAAGCGGAGAUUGGAGAAGGAGAAAGUGAGUGCAGCGAGGCUGGAGAAGAAGAUUGCAAUGGCUAAGAAGGCGCUUGCAAGGUACCAGCGUGACCCGGAUUACCGAUUCUUGCAUGACAGGGUUUCGGAUCUUUUCGCUGACUGCUUGAAAUCUGAUAUGGAGAGUCUCAAGAACAACAAUACUAACAUGAUAGGCCUGGCGGCGAAAUGGUGUCCUUCGCUUGAUUCUUCGUUUGAUCGAGCCACGUUGCUCUGCGAAAGCAUUGCGAGGAAGAUUUUCACCCGAGAAUUGUAUCAGGAAUAUGAAGGAGUUGAGGAUGCACAUUAUGCUUACAAAGUCCGAGACCGACUGAGGAAGGAGGUGUUGGUGCCAUUGAGGAAGGUGUUGCAGCUGCCGGAGGUUUAUAUGGGUGCCAACAAGUGGGGGGAGAUUCCCUACAAGAGAGUGGCCUCAGUCGCCAUGAAGCUUUACAAGGGGAAGUUCUUGAAGCACGAUGAAGAGAGGUUUAAGAAGUAUUUGGAGGAUGUGAAAGCCGGGAAGGACACGAUUGCGGCUGGUGCUCUGCUUCCACAUGAGAUCAUAGCCUCUCUGAAUGAUGAGGAUGGUGGGGAAGUGGGUGAGCUUCAGUGGAAGAGAAUGGUGGAGGACCUGGGGGAGCUUGGCAAGUUGAGGAAUUGCAUGGCUGUGUGUGACGUGUCCGGAAGCAUGGAAGGGACUCCUAUGGAGGUGUGUGUGGCUUUAGGGCUGUUGGUGUCGGAAUUGAGUGAAGAGCCAUGGAAAGGAAAGGUCAUCACUUUCAGUCAGAACCCUCAGUUGCAUUUGAUUCAAGGCGAUGAUCUUAGCUCCAAGUGCAAGUUUGUGAGGAGGAUGGACUGGGGGAUGAACACUGAUUUUCAAAAGGUGUUUGAUCUGAUUCUCCAAGUGGCUGUGAAGGGGAAGUUGAAGCCGGAGCAGAUGAUAAAGAGGGUGUUUGUGUUCAGCGACAUGGAGUUUGAUGAGGCUUCAGGGCAUAGGGGAUAUGGAUAUGGGUAUUAUGGAAGGGAGGCUAAUGAGCCCCAGAGCUGGGAGACCGAUUAUGAGGUGAUACAGAGAAAGUAUAAGGAGAAUGGGUAUGGUGAUGCGGUGCCUCAGAUAGUGUUUUGGAAUCUCAGGGACUCAGGGUCUACACCGGUGACUGCAACAACACCAGGGGUGGCUCUGUUGAGUGGCUUCUCCAAGAAUGCACUUAAGAUGUUCUUGAAUGAUGAUAUUGAGCAAAUUCAACCGGAUAUUGUCAUGGAAGCUGCCAUCUCAGGCGAGGAGUAUCAAAGGCUGGUGUUGGUUGAUUAGUUUGACAUCAUCCUGUAAA